AGAUGGACAAAGACACGCAACCCUUGUCGCAGAACACUGACGAAGAUACGGAAAAUGUAGCGCCGACUGAAUCCACCUCGUGGGGAUUAUUAUUUUGGGCCUCUGAUCGUGAUCUGGACACUGAAAGGCUAAGGCAUGGCAAAGAUUUGUACACUGUUGGUCGUCAUGUCGCGUGUGAUAUCGUCAUCCAUCAAGAAAUUACUAAAAUCAAAAUUGAUAAUCUUAGUCGAGUACAGUGUGGUUUCAGGAGAAUUAGGGAUAUGACAGCUGAUUAUCAGACAAUCUUAGAAGAUUACUCAGCAAAUGGAACAUUCGUAAAUGGUGUUAGAAUCGGGAAAGGAAAGAAUAAGCUUCUUGCCAAUGGUGAUGUAAUUGCCAUGACCUGUUCGAAAGGCAAAGUCUUUACCUACUUGGACACACAGCACAGGAAUCCUGGCUUUCCUACCGACAUCAACAAGAAAUUUGUCAUUGUUGAGAAUCUUGGAAAAGGAUCAUUUGGGGAGGUAUGGUUGUCUGUUCACAAAAAGACAAACAAAAAAUAUGCCAUCAAAAGCGUACGACGUCAACCAAAUGGUUUUAACGAGUUGAAACGCAACGAGGCUAUACAACAACUGAAGAACGAAUCGGAAUUGCUCUGUACGCUGGAACAUCCUGGCAUUGUUAAGGUUGAAGACAGCAUUUGUAAACCCAAAUCGAUACACCUCGUAUUAGAAUUGAUGAACGGAGGGGACUUGCAGAAACGUAUUAAAGAUGUGGGUCAGAUGGAAGAAUCUACAGCAAAAUACUAUUUUAUGCAGUUGGUAUUGGCUGUAAAAUAUCUUCACCAGCAAGGAGUAGUUCACCGGGAUCUCAAGCCGGAAAACAUCCUGAUGUCUAGUCAAAACGAAAACGCCAUUCUCAAAAUCUCAGAUUUUGGUCUUUCCAAGUUUGUGGAUGAAGAGACCGUAUGCCAGACCUACUGUGGUACACCGCUGUAUCUAGCACCGGAAGUGGCCCGGGAUAGGACUUACAAACCAUAUACGUCAGCGGUCGAUGUCUGGAGCCUAGGGGUGAUCCUGUUCAUUCUGUUAUCCGGGUACCACCCAUUCAUUCAUUCACACUCGACUGAUGCUAAUAUUGCCAAAGGUCAUUUUCUAUUGAAAAAACCAAAUUGGAGUUCAGUAUCGGCUGAAGGAUUGGCAUUGGUCAAGCAAAUGCUGGAAGUUGACCCCAACAAACGACCUACAUUAGAGGAUAUCCUGGAAGACCCAUGGAUGAAAGACAGCCAAGUGGUCAGCAGGGUGAAUGAAAUCGUCUUUGCUGAUACAAGUACCGUCGAAAAGCUCCCCGACUCUUUACUCAGUUGCAUCCAAGAAAACGAGUCUAUUGAUGAACCUGUGCCGAAACGACGGCGGGUAACUCCCUAAUAAGAAAAAUUUCUUUAUUAUUUUCUCCAGAGAGGCUGUGGUCCGAUUAUUUUCUCAACAGUUGGCUAUUUUUUUUUUCCUUCUUGUUCUCAAUACGAUCUCUUCAUUAAGCAGUUGUAUAUUUAAAAACGCCUUCCCCUCAGUUUGCCCCCCGUGUUAAUUAGUUGGACAUGGCCUUUCGAAAGUUUUCAUGCAUAACAAUCCAGUCAGGUUAAUUUUUUUUUAUUUUUGUGUCUUUUUUGCUGCCGGUAAAGGAUAAACGAAUAAAAAAGAACUCAGUAUUACUAAACCUUGUUUUUAAAAAAUGUCUGACCGUAGCAGUUUGAAAGGAUUAGACGGAAAUCCCUGUAGAACAAUUAUUGAUCGGGUGAACUGUUUUUGGUAUUUCUGAGAAAUUUUCCGGAACUAGUGACGAAAUCCCCUGGUAAAUAGUGAAAGCUUAGAAAACGGGUGGGCGAGUUUUAGGUAAGAUUGAUGGAAGGGAAGGCAACCAGUGGGCGCUAUAUGUAUGAGUAUCCUGCUGUCAAAAAGAAAGUUUUUCUUCUCACGAUACCCUUAAAAAGCCUUCGAGGCUGAUAUCCUCCAGCCAGCUCUGCCUCGUUUAUCUCUUCUUCUUCUUCAUACCUGCAGAAAUAUGUGAACCCCUCUCCAGGGUCUUCCCCUUUGUCCUGGAGCGCCCAUGAAAGAACAGGUUUUUUGUUUCCUUCUUCUUAUUGAUACUUUUUGUGUUUCUCUUUCAAAGGAAGAAAUAAAGAGAGCGUCUGAUGGACGACACGAUCCAUUCGACCUCCAACAGUCUUUUCAAGCACACCACUCCCGGUGACGGAGUUUUUAAAAAAUCUAUUCGUGACAAUUUCAAUUCACGCCGAUACGAACGCAAGUUUCUCGCCUAUAGAAGCCGGCAGUCGAUGUUUCCUACCAAUCAUUCCACAUCCGACAUCAAGACCAUGACGAUCGUGAGCGGGAAACCGGUGAAGCCAACAGCUACAGAAUUGACGACGACAACGACGACAAAUCGAAAACCCAAAUAUCUGGUCGCCGUUUUCAGUGUGUUAGUGGUUUGCAUCGUGGCCGUGUUGGUAGUGACCGUGGCGUCUCAAGCGCGGAACAGCACGAGACAGCAGCAGAUGGAUGAGGAUGCUUACAACAACAAUGUAGUUUUAUCAGCGACCGAGCUGCGCCAUCCACGCUACAUCGGACGACCUGUCACGGCUCCCGCUGACAACAGUACAGCAGAGUCCAUCAUUAUGAAGAAUGUGAAGGCGUUGGUGAUGCGGGUCGUCGUCGGGCCAGCAGAGAAGCUUGGCAACAACAGCAGCGACGGAACAUCAGAUGCCUCAAGACAAAUACUUUAUUCAGAGAUUGGCAGCGCUGAUAAAGAACCGGAUUCGCGGGGCGCAUCCGGCGUGAUUUCAAGGAACAAUUGAUCUGCAACGAAAGAAGAAAAAAAAAGUGCACAAUCAAAACGAAACGUGUAAAGCGUAUAUAAAUACUCGUUUCGUGCUGGCUUCACAGUCGUGAGAAUUCCCAUCUCCAACACACACACACAAGUCCAACCUAAAUAAUGUAUUGGUACUCGUCAUGCUAUAUUUUUCGAAAAAAUCUCAUUUAAAUUAACUUGACCAAUAACAGGCUCGAGAUUCAAAAAUGAUCGUCACUCUCCUAUACGUAAUACGUAUGUCAUAACCAGAUAUUCCUUCUUGCAAUCAAGUGUCGAAAUAAAUAUUGAAUUGUU